AUGGGUCUCCUGGCACAGCUUGGGCUUCUCCUGUGGAAGAACUUCCUUCUCCGAAAGAGACAAAAGGUUCGAUUGGUUAUUGAAUUGAUAUGGCCUCUCUUCCUGUUUUUUAUUCUUGUCUGGGUUCGUUCAACAAAUCGACCUAUCUAUCAAGGACAAUGUCAUUAUCCAAACAAGGCUAUGCCCUCAGCUGGUGUAUUGCCAUGGUUACAAGGCAUGAUGUGCAAUAUUGACAACCCCUGUGUAAAUUACCCAACCCCAGGAGAAACACCUGGACAAGUCAACAAUUUCAAUUCAUCCACGAUUGCUGGAGUGCUGAUUGAACUGCAGUCAGUGAUGGCAAACAGAUCUGUCCUUAACAAAUAUACGCAGCUUUCAGAUGAUGUCAACCAGUUGGCUUUGAUGCUGCAGAAUUCCAACCCAGAGAAUGGUAAGCCCAUUCCUCUAAGAAGAAUUUUGAAUGACGAUGAAACCUUUACCACAUAUCUGAUGGAGAAUCUUUCACUCACACCAUCUGACGCAGAGAGAGUGAUGACUGCAAAAAUCCCCCUCAGUAAGGUAAUGAGCCUUCCAAGGGAUGAUUAUCUGAAGACCGUUCUUUGCAAUGGGACACUCCUGGAAUUUAACUCAGCAGCUGACAAAGAAACCUUUGAAAACAUCAGCUGUUCCCUCACACCAGAGGAGCUGAGGAAAACCAGGGAAGUUUUUCAGCAAAACCUGAAUGCACAAAAGUUAGCCUCAGAACUUCCUCAGGCUCUGAAUCUGAAUCCUGUUGAAACAUUUGGAUUAAUGGAAAAAACAGCAGCAGAUGCUGUUCCAGUGAUUGAACAGAUUUCUAAGCUUCAGAAUUCAGCACUGUUAAAUGCAGCAAGUUCACUUGAUUUCAGAUCAGAUAUGAUUGGCAGUCUGAACAUGUUGCUGUGCGGUGAAGAUCCAGCAGCAAAUUCUACAAACUCCAGAAAUCUAACUUUCACUCGCCCUACCUCUGGAAUGCCAAUGAACUCCUCAAGGAAUGAGACGCAGAUGAACUUCAUGAACAGCAAUUCCAGUGACUUUUGUCAGUCACUUAUUGCCACUCUGGAAGGAACACCUGGACUACGUUAUGUGUGGAGCACAUUUCGCCCACUACUGCAAGGGAAGGUUCUCUACACUCCUGACACUCCAGCCACCAAGCUGAUGGUGAAGGAGGCAAACAAUACAUUCAGAGCAUUAGCUAUGCUAAAAGAACUUGGUGAUGCCUGGGAAGUUCAUGGACCCAAGAUCUGGGAUUUCAUGCAAGACAGCACCCAAAUGAACACUCUGCGGGCCAUGCUGAAUAAUCCGGUGUUUGCAGCUGUUCUGAAUUCGCAGUUAAGACAGACAGGGGGGACAGCCAAGCAACUAGCCAACUUUCUGUACAACGGUCCCCCCGAGGACCGGCCCCCUGGAAUGAAGGCGUAUGACUGGAGAGAUGCCUACAACACCACCAGUGAAAUCCUUGGAAUGCUAUCCAGUUUUAUAGGGUGUCUUGACCUUGAUAAGUUUGAAGCUGUCCCCACGGAAGGAAGUCUGGUAGAGAAAUCCCGAAGGCUUCUUGAGGAAAACAAGUUCUGGGCUGGAAUUGUUUUCCAAGACCUGGACCCCCAAGCUCAGCACCCUCCACCAUUUGUGAAAUAUAAAAUCAGGAUGGACAUUGAUGAAGUUGAACGGACAAAUAAAGCGAAAGACAGGUCAUGGGCUCCAGGGGCUCGCGACAAUUCUUAUAACGACAUGCGCUAUGUAUGGGGAGGAUUCGGCUAUCUUCAGGACAUGAUGGACCAUGGCAUUAUACGAGUGCACACGUCCAAAUCUCAGCCUCUCGGAGUAUUUGUUCAGCAAAUGCCAUAUCCCUGCUACGUGAAUGAUGCGUUCCUCCGUUCCCUGUCACGCUCCCUGCCACUUUACAUGACCCUGGCCUGGAUCUACUCCGUGGCCAUGAUCGUGAAAGGCAUUGUGCAGGAGAAGGAGGCCCGCCUUAAGGAGACGGUGAGGAUGAUGGGUCUUAAACACGGCACCUACUGGCUCAGCUGGCUUAUCAGCAGCGUGGUCCCACUGAGCGUCAGUGCCUUCCUCCUGACCCUCAUCCUCAAGUAUGGGAAAGUCCUGCGGUACAGUGACCCCUCGGUCAUCUUUGUCUUUCUCCUAAUCUUCUGUAUUUCGACGAUCAUGGAGUGCUUCUUCAUCAGUGUCUUCUUCUCCAAAGCCAACCUUGCCGCGGCCUGUGGCGGCCUAAUCUAUUUCGUUCUGUACCUGCCCCACAUCCUGUGCUACGCCUGGCGUGAUGUCAUGACCUUCAGAGCAAAGAUAGCUGUGAGUUUCCUGUCCAGUGUGGCUUUUGGUUAUGGCUGCGAGAACUUCUCUCGUUAUGAAGAGCAAGGUCUGGGAAUUCAGUGGAGCAACAUUGGGAAGAGUCCAGAGGAGGGGGAUCGCUACAGCUUUGUGGUUUCCAUCAUCAUGAUGCUUAUCGACUCCUUUAUCUACUGGCUGCUCACCUGGUACAUCGAGAAUGUAUUUCCAGGCCAGUAUGGGAUAGCCAAACCCUGGUACUUUCCGUUCACUGCAACUUAUUGGUGUGGGACGUCAGCAGCUCCUCACGCUGACCCAGAUUUGCUGAAGGGCUCAACAGAUAAGAAUUGUUACAUGGAACCACCACCACCUAAUAUGAAAGCAGGAGUUUCCAUCAGGAAUCUUGUGAAAAUCUAUAAGACUGGAAAGAAGGUGGCAGUAGAUGGACUGAGUGUCGACUUCUACGAAGACCAGAUAACAUCUUUUCUUGGUCAUAAUGGAGCAGGGAAAACAACUACAAUGUCAAUUCUGACAGGACUUUUUGCACCAACUUCAGGAACAGCUUUUAUCAAUGGGAAAGAUAUCCGCACAGAUAUGGAUGCCAUCAGGAAGGAUUUGGGAAUGUGCCCCCAACACAACGUUUUAUUUAAUGACCUGACAGUGGAGGAGCACAUAUACUUCUAUGCACGUUUAAAAGGGAGAAGCUCAAAAGAAGUGAAAGUUGAGAUGGACCAAAUGAUUAAAGAUGUUGGAUUGCCGCACAAACGGAAAGACCUCUCCAAAAAUCUGUCAGGCGGAAUGCAGAGAAAACUGUCUGUGGCCAUAGCGUUCGUGGGAGGGUCAAAAACGGUCAUCCUGGAUGAGCCCACUGCAGGUGUGGAUCCAUAUGCCAGAAGAGGAAUAUGGGAACUCCUGUUAAAAUACAAACAAGGUCGCACCAUCAUACUCUCCACUCAUCACAUGGAUGAAGCUGAUAUCCUUGGGGAUCGCAUUGCCAUCAUUUCCCAUGGGAAGAUGUGCUGCAGCGGCUCCUCCCUCUUCCUAAAGAAGUGUUUUGGGAGUGGAUAUUACCUCACUCUGGUCAAAGGGGGAGCUGAGAAAAUGUCCACACAACGGAGUGGCAUUGCAAAGACCCAGGCUGUGGAGGUAAAAAGGGAGGACUCAUCUCAGAGAUCCAGUCCAGAUGAAGGCAUUGGAAGCCGGUGUGGGAGUGACCCAGACCUCUCAGGCAUAAAAGCUGUCAGUGUUCUUCUGUGGAGGCAUGUGCCUGAGGCUGUUUUCCUAGAGAGCAUUGGCCAAGAAAUCACCUACAUCCUGCCCUACAUAGGAGCCCAGGAUGGCACAUUUGCCCAGCUCUUCAAGGAGCUGGACUUGGAAAUGUCAAAUUUAGGCAUAACAAGCUAUGGGAUUUCAGACACCACUCUGGAGGAGAUUUUUCUGAAAGUGGCAGAAGACACAGGUGUAGAUGUGGAAAUAUCAGAUCAAAAGGACACAUUAUUAAGAGACUGGAAGAGAAGUUCAAGAGAAUUCAAACGUCACAGUAUAGCCAAUAUUGGUUCGAGUUCUGAGAACUUAAUCUCUGGAAGUGAAGCAAAAGGGAAGUUUGCAAAUCGUGUUGAAGAUAAAACGAAUGGAAAGGGCUCCAGAGUAAUCACAGGAUGGGAGCUGAUCAGAAGGCAGUUCCUGGCUCUCUUCAUUAAAAGAUUCCACCAUGCUCGCCGAAGCCGCAAAGGACUAAUUGCGCAGGUGGUGUUGCCCGCUGUGUUUGUGUGCUUGUCUCUCAUCUUCUCACUGAUUGUUCCACCAUUUAUGGAGUAUCCCAGUCUGGAGCUACAGCCAUGGAUGUACGGGACCCCACAAUACACAUUCUACAGCAAUGAUGCUCCUGAUAACGUGGAAGUGUCUCGUGUGGUGGACUCCUUGGUGAACAACCCAGGAUUUGGCACACGGUGCAUGGCAAAUAACCCCAUACCAAAACUUCCCUGUGCCUCCAAUGGGUCGGACUGGGUCACUCCCUCUGUGCCUCCCUCGAUUUCCGACAUCUUCACCAAUGGUAACUGGACAAUGGCCAACCCAUCUCCUUCCUGUCAGUGCAGUACUCCACAUAGGACCAUCAUGCUCCCAGAUUGUCUCCCUGGGGCUGGAGGCCUGCCUCCCCCUCAGAGGAUACAGAACACAACAGAUACUCUCCAGGACCUAACUGGGAGGAAUAUGACUGACUUUCUGUUGAAGACAUAUGAGAAACAGGGAAAAACAAGGUACGGAGGGAUAUCUGUUGGAGGAGUCAACUCUCAAGUCAAAAUGAAUGAAAGUGAAAUUACAGCGAUUCUCGGGGAGUUGAAAAAUCUAUUCAGUUCCUUCCAGGGAAACGAAUCAGAUCAGAUAUCGCAGAAUGCGAAAACAUUCAUGACAGAACUUGGGACAAGGGAUAAUGUCAAGGUGUGGUUCUACAACAUGGGGUGGCACGCCAUGGUGUCUUUCAUCAAUGUGGCCAAUAAUGCUAUUCUGCGGGGGAACCUGCCUGCCGAGAGCGAUCUGAGGCAGUACGGCAUCUCUACAGCCAACCACCCUCUAAACCUCACCAAGGAGCAGCUGUCUUACAUAGCUCUGGCCACCACCUCUACAGAUGUUGUGGUCUCAAUAUGUGUGAUAUUUGCCAUGUCCUUCAUACCUGCCAGCUUUGUGCUCUUUCUGAUCCAGGAGAGGGUCAGCAAAGCCAAGCACCUGCAGUUUGUCAGUGGGGUAAACCCAGCAGUGUACUGGGUAGCCAACUUUGCCUGGGAUAUGUGUAACUACAUAGUCCCAUGUGUGAUAGUGAUCAUCAUCUUCCUGUGUUUCCAACAAAAAGCCUACGUCUCCCCACCUAACUUACCAGCCUUGAUCCUCCUAUUAGUACUUUAUGGAUGGUCAAUCACUCCAAUGAUGUACCCAGCAUCAUUUUUAUUCAGUGUGCCCAGUACUGCCUAUGUAGUGCUGACCUGCAUCAACCUCUUCAUUGGAAUAAAUGGCAGUGUGGCCACCUUUGUCAUGGAGCUUUUUGAUGAUGAGAGCGUUACCCGCAUCAAUAACAUUGUGAAGCAAGUAUUGCUGAUUUUCCCACAUUUCUGUCUUGGAAGAGGCCUGAUAGACAUGGCCAAAAACCAAGCCAUGGCUACCCUGUUCAGCGGUUUUGGCGAGGAUCGUUUCAAGAACCCCCUGAAUUGGGACAUGGUAGGAAAGAAUCUUUGUGCCAUGUCCAUUGAGGGUGUCCUGAUGUUUGCCCUCACUCUGCUCAUUCAAUACAAGUUCUUCUUCAAACCCAGAACGGUGAAUGUGGCUCCACGGGCUGAGGGUGAGGAAGAUGAAGAUGUGGCUCGUGAACGUGUCCGUGUGACUCAGGGAGGAGCCCAGCAUGACCUCCUGAGAAUCUGUGAUCUGACAAAGGUGUACCGGGGGAAGAAGGCUCCUGCUGUGGACAGAGUCUGUGUGGGAGUCCCUGCCGCAGAGUGCUUUGGUCUGCUGGGAAUAAAUGGUGCAGGGAAAACAACAACCUUCAAGAUGCUUACUGGGGACAUCGCAGUCUCCAGCGGAGAAGCAUUCCUAAACGGAUACAGCAUACGCACACAGAUGAGGGAUGUUCAUCAGAACAUGGGAUACUGUCCCCAGUUUGACGCCAUUGAUGAUCUGCUGACUGGACGAGAGCACCUGGAAUUAUAUGCACGUCUUCGUGGGGUACCAGAGAAGGAGGUUAAGAUGGUGGCAGAGUGGGGCAUUCAGAAGCUGGGCUUGGUGAAAUACUCCAACAAGUCAGCUGGCACCUAUAGUGGUGGGAACAAGCGCAAGCUCUCUACAGCUAUGGCACUGAUAGGCUGUCCUCCAGUGGUCUUUUUGGAUGAACCCACGACUGGAAUGGACCCCAAAGCCCGCCGCUUCCUGUGGGACUGUAUACUAAGCGUGAUCAAGGAGGGGCGCUCUGUCAUAUUAACGUCUCACAGCAUGGAGGAGUGUGAGGCCUUAUGCACAAGGAUGGCCAUCAUGGUGAACGGACAGUUUAAGUGUCUAGGAAGCAUCCAGCAUUUGAAGAGCAGAUUUGGAGAGGGCUACACGGUGAUUGUGAGAGUGGGUGGGUCCCCUCCUGCCCUGGCACCUGUGGAGAACUUCAUGCAAGAAACAUUCCCAGGAUGCAUGCUGAAGGAGAAGCACCACAACACCAUGCAAUACCAAGUACCUUGCAGUGAGGGUGCUCUUGCCACUAUUUUCAGCCAGUUCACAAAACACCGGGAGAGGCUGGGUAUCGAGGAUUACUCUGUGUCCCAGACAACUCUCGACCAGGUCUUUGUCAAUUUUGCCAGGCACCAGCAUGAGGAGGAAGACUCCCAGGGGUAUGUGAAUCCGGUGGACGUGUUGACAGACGAGGUGCCCAUGCAGCCUCUGAAGGGUUCGUCUCCUGCAGCGAAGGCUUAAGGCACAGUGCUUUGUCCAGUAGGAGGAAAGUUUCUCUUCCGCCUCUUGGAUAAUUACAGUUUAAUAGGAUCCGUCUU